GUCCAAACAAUUCUGCAAUGAGCUCGAUGUCUUCGUCGGCAGUCCAACCGCCGCCACCCUUGCCGGGCGUCGAUGGGCCAGCAGGCGUUGCUAUGGCUCGCUUCUUUUUUGGCGUGGCCAGCACUGUCUUGGAUGCCAUUGGCUUCUUCUCGUCCUUGCAUUCUUCCUCGCUCGAACUGCUGCGCAAAGUGGCGCUGGCUUCCAUCUCAAGUUCCUCGGAGCGGCUUCGCUUCCUGCUGGUGACGACCAUCUUGAAACAACGUCUGAAAUGGGAAAGGACGUAUGUUGAUGUGCUUGGCAAGAUUUGAAACCUCAGCGAG